GGCUCGUCUUUGGGUUUUCUGCAGGACCUCUUGUCAUUUUCAUUUUGGCUGCUGUAUUUGCCUUCAACAAAAGCACUGAGGUUUUCUUCAUUUUACUGAAGCCUGUUUGACUGUUUGGAUAAUGUCAGUUCUGCUUGGGGAAUAUGUAGUACUUCAGUAACAUCUGGACUCAUCACAAGGUGCCAUGCAGUCAGUUGACAUCCUCUCUCAGUGGGUUAAACAGUAUUAGUCCCGGUAGCCAUGUCAGAGGAGAUCAUUAAGGACAAAACCAAACUGAAGCAGGGCCUGGUAAAGGUCCUGGAGUGUGUGGCUGCAAUCUCAUCAGCAGCAGCUGUGAUCAACCCCAUUUUUGGCUUGGCUGGCUCCCUUAUCCGGUUGGUCCUCCAUUACGAGGACAGUGAAGAUAUCUGCAUCUUAAAGUGCAAGUUUGGCUCCAUGAACCAGGCCCUGGCCCUGCUGUCACAGCAGAACCACAGCGCUCUGCUCCAGAUAAGGAAGGAAACAGUGGAUAGCCAGUACGGCCAGGUGGAGGAGAACCUGCGCAACCAGUUCCAACAGUUCAUGGAGAUGGUGAACGCGCGACCAGAGCACCUUGAGCACAAAAAGAAUGAUUUCAAGGACAGCUACACCAACGACCUUGGUGACCAGAACCUGCACACGCUCUACGAGGGUGUAGUGGGCACACCCAAGCUCUUCAGCAGGCCCGUCCUGGAGGUGUAUCUGAAGUACUCGCACGGUGACCGUGUAACCAUGGAGCGCCUCUGCACACGCCUGACCUACCUCUUCUGCAUUGGGCUCAUCGCCCUCAUGGGCCACGCCUCCAUCAUUGGAGAUGACGAGGAGGAUCUGCGUGAGAAAUGGGCGGCAAAGAUGGAGCAUGUGGAAGAGAAGAUGCAGGAGGUCCUUUUGAGGUGCAAGUGACAAAGAAGAAGUGGACGAUUCCUUCCUAUUUGCUGCUUAGCUAACAUGUUGAGGACCCUAUCCAUCAUUCCCUCACCAACCCCCCCCAAUAACACUGUGUAUAAACCCUUUGUUCCCAUCUGCUUGAUUCAAACCCACACUAUUGUA